AUGGUGUGUCACUCUGUGCUCGCCCGACAGUUUCAAGAGGCUCUCAACCAGAAGUCGCUCCCAAGCCUCUUCACUACUGGGAUCACUCAUUUAGUUCCUAAAGACCAGGGUACCACAGACCCGAGCAAAUACCGCCCCAUCACGUGUCUACCGACCAUAUACAAGACACUAACAUCCAUUUUGAGCGCGAGAAUCACUUGUCACCUGGACUCAAAUCAGGUGAUGUCGCGCGCUCAAAAUGGAUGUCGGGGCGGUGGUCGUGGAACCAAGGAACCACUCCUCAUUGACGCGGUCAUUGGCAAAGUGGUGAAACGCAACCGUCGGAACUUCUCCGCCGCCUGGAUAGACUACAGAAAGGCAUUCGACUCGGUGCCCCAUACAUGGCUAAAGAGAGUCCUCGAGCUGUACAAGAUAGACUGUACAGUUAGAGACUUCCUCGAGCAGUGUAUGGGGCAGUGGAGUACGAUCCUUUGUCAUCUAGGCGAGCGGAUGAUGGCUGCGGAGAACCACAUAAGGAUAAGAAGGGGUAUCUUCCAGGGCGAUUGUCUGAGUCCAAUCUGGUUCUGCCUCUCUCUGAACCCUCUCAGUACCUUACUGGAGGGCUCCGGGAGGGGAUUUCAGCUACGGAAAGGAGGGACAAAAGUGACCCACCUUUUCUAUAUGGAUGACCUCAAGUUAUUCGCCUCCAGUCGCUCCCAUCUUAUGGAAUUGCUAAACAUCACUUGUGAAUUUAGCAAUUCCAUUGGAAUGGAGCUGGGGACGGAUAAGUGUGCGGUCCUCCAUGUUGAAAGGGGAAGGGUUGCUAACUCUGAGGGCGUAGACUUAUCUAUGCCCGUCAACUUAAGGACCCUUUCCGAGGCUGAAACAUACCGAUACCUGGGUAUGUCACAAAACAUCGGUAUCGAUGAGACUGGUAUGAAACAGUCAGUUUGCGACGUGUUUUAUGCACGCUUGACCAAAGUGCUUAACAGCCUUUUGUCCGGUGUGAAUAAGGCACACGCAUAUAACGGCUGGGUCAUGCCUGUCCUCAUGUAUACCUUUGGCAUACUCAGGUGGACUCAGACUGAACUUAACGCCCUGGAUAGAAAAGUCCGCACUACAAUGACGUCCCAUAGGAUGCAUCAUCCGAGAUCGUCGGUAAUGAGGCUGUACUUGCCGCGGAAGCAUGGUGGUCGUGGCUUCUUGAGCGCGCUCACCAUGCAUAAUCGCGAAGACUUACCCCCUCUAUCCUUAGCCAACGAGCAAUGGCAAGACCCGGCAGUGCAGAGCAUUUCCGACCGGGAGACCGUAUGGAAGGAGAAGGAGCUCCACGGGAGGUUCUACAAGGCUCUACAUGAGCCUUUCGUAGACACAGUAGCCUCCCUCCACUGGCUACGCUUUGGUGAUCUCUUCGGGGAAACCGAGGGUUUUGUCUGUGCAAUACAGGAUCAGGUUAUUAAGACCAACAACUAUCGGAGAUACAUCCUAAAGGAUGGCACCGUCGACAUCUGUCGAGCUUGUCGCCAUCCCGGUGAGUCACUUAGGCAUGUUAUCUCCGGUUGUUCGGCGCUUUCUAACUCUGAGUACUUGCACAGGCACAACCUAGUAGCCAGAAUUCUACACCAGGAGCUCGCUCUGAAAUACGGUCUCGUGGAUCGGAAAUUGCCGUAUUACAAGUACUUGCCGGAAGCCGUGCUCGAAAAUGAUCGCGCCAGGCUCUAUUGGGACCGGGCCAUCAUCACAGACAGGACUAUUCUUGCGAAUAAGCCUGAUAUUGUGCUGAUGGACCGGGCACAGUCAAGGAUAUUUUUGGUCGACAUUACCAUUCCGUAUGACGAGAACCUCGUGAAAGCCGAAACAGACAAGCAAACAAAAUAUCUGGACCUGGCUCACGAGGUGACCGACAUGUGGGGUGGUCUGCCGACCGAAAUUAUUCCUGUAGUCGUCUCUGCAAACGGGCUAAUCCCAGUCAGCCUCUCGGGUCAUCUGAGGCGGCUGGGACUACGUGGCGGACCGCUCCAGGUUCAAAUGCAGAAGGCGGUGCUCCUCGAUACCGCCCGCAUCGUCCGCCGGUUUCUUUCCCUUUCCCCCUAA